CCCGCCCCUCAGCUGUUGGCCGCGCCGGCCAGGUCUGGACAUGGUGCUCUCUGAGCUGGCCGUGCGCCUCAACUGCGCCGAGUAUAAGAACUGGGUGAAGGCGGGCCACUGUCUGUUGCUGCUGCGCGGCUGUUUGCAGGGCUUCGUCGGCCGCGAGGUGCUCGCCUUCCACAGCAGGCUGCUCGCCGCCGCCCCCGGCCUGGGCCCCCGCGCCGCCUGCAGCGGCGGCUGGCGGUGCAGCCCUCGCGCCCGCCAGUUUCAGCCUCAGUGUCAGGUGUGCGCAGAGUGGAAACGGGAGAUUUUGAAACAUCACACCAACAGAAAUGGAGACGUCCACUGGGGAAACUGCCGCCCGGCCCUCUGGCCGGUCGACGCCUGGGAGGUGGCCAAGGCCUUCAUGCCCCGAGGACAGGCAGACAAAACAGGACCCGAGGAAUGUGACGCGGUUGCUCUUCUGAAUCUCAUCAACUCCUGUGAUCACUUCGUGGUUGAUCGAAGAAAAGUCACAGAGGUGAUUAAGUGUCGUAACGAUAUCAUGCACUCUUCAGAGAUGAAAGUAUCUUCUGUAUGGCUACGAGAUUUUCAGAUGAAGAUCCAAAAUUUUCUAAAUGAAUUCAAGAAUAUCCCGGAGAUUGUGGCGGUAUACUCCCAAAUAGAACAGCUGUUGACAUCUGACUGGGCUGUUUACAUCCCUGAGGAAGAUCAGCGAGAUGGGUGUGACACAGGAGUUUACCUGAGUGAGAGCCAAGUAAACGAGAUAGAAAUGGAAUUACUAAAGGAAAAACUUCAAGAGCUCUAUCUUCAAGUAAAAGAACAAGAGGUGUUGCCUGAAGAGAUCUUAAACCAACUGGAAGUGGUAAAAGAAUUUCUAAGAAACAAUGAGGAUCUUAGAAAUGGUCUGACAGAAGAUAUGCAGAAGCUAGACAGCCUCCGUCAACAGCAUCUAAAACCAGAUUCAAAGGAACCUGGGGUACAGACACCUGAAGGGAAGGCCUGAGGUGAGUUUAAGCAUAUGACGUUUAAAUAAGGACUGAAUGGCCUCAUCUCUUUGAUGUCUGUUCUCUUAGGUAAGGCCAUAGCACACCCAGCCUCAUCUGAAGUUUCACUGUGUCCUUAUUAUUUGAAAGAACACAGAGCUUUGUGCUCUUUCUAAUUGGUAGGUCUCACAUCUGUGAACUAAUUCAAAAUAAACUCCCUGCCAGCUUUGUUUAGUCAAGUAUACCUGAAGUCAUUCGGCUAGUC